GACACAAUAUGCUAUUCUCAUCUCAAUAUUGGGAAACAGAUGCGUUCUGGUGUCAACCAGGUUCCGCUAACCGAGCCGGCAGCCCUUGCUCUAGACGCUAAAAUGGAUCAAGGAGGGGCUUUUCAUCAUCUACAUUGCGCAAGACUUUUGUGAGGACUUCAGCGCAUUGAGGGAGAUGAUGCAGCUGACGUGCAGAUUAGGGCACCCCACUGGCGUUUGCAUCCAAGCCUCGGCCUUCAGAAGUGCAGCCACAACCCGCCACCGCUCGCCAAACCUGCUCGCAGCAUUGCACAGAGCUGCUUUCCGUAGCCUGAUCAGACCUCCUGCGGCAGUCACUGGCCUCAAUAUCAGCACAUUUGGAUCCACUUCCCUUUCUAGAAGGGGCUCUGUUGAAUCACAGGUCAAAAAUUUGAGGGAGCAGGGGUGGUCGAGGGGCGUUCACACCAUGUCUGCAGGGGGCGAGCACGCGCAAGUGGCAGUCAUCGGGGCUGGUGUGUGUGGGUUGUCCUGUGCGUCCGCCCUGGCCAAAGCUGGCGUUCCGGUGGCCGUCUUUGAGCAGGCCAGAGGUCCUGGAGGGCGCAUGUCCACUCGCAGACAGACCCUCGAGACAGGGGAGCAGCUCCGUUUCGAUCAUGGCGCGCAGUACUUCAGCGCCAAGGACCUGGCAGUGCAGGCCCUCGUUCAAGAGUGGGUUGCUGCGGGGGUGGCCGCACCCUGGACGCCCCGCCUCGGCACUUGGGAGGCGGGCAAGGGGUUCGUGCCCGAGGAGGCCGACUCAAAGGUUCGUUAUGUUGGCGUGCCGGGCAUGAACGCCAUCUGUCAACACCUGAGUUCACAGCCAGGCGUCUCUGCCCGCCUUGGCACUGCUGUGACUGGGCUCGAGUGGCGGGACGGCCGGUGGCUUCUGACAGGGAAGGACGGGGCGGCGCUUGGGACGUAUGCCGCUCUGGUUGUCACCGACAAGAACUUGGCCAGCCCACGGUUCUCCGCACUCAACGCGGGUCUGCCUCCGCCCUUAGAGUCUGCCGGAGUCCCCGAGCUGUUCGCCCGAGUGGCCGCCGUCUCGAGCAUCCCCAGCUUCGCCCUUAUGCUCGCUUUCAAACAACCCCUAACCCAACUCCCAUUCGACGGUUUGGACGUUCGAAACCACAAAACCCUGGUUUGGGCUGGCCGGGACAGCGCCAAGCCCGGUCGGUUGAAGGAACCGGGCGCCCCGGAGUGCUGGGUGCUGCACUCGAACGGGGACUAUGCGAAGCGCCGGGUGGAGGAGGGGCCGGCCGGGAAGCCGAGCGCCGAAUGGUUGGGCGAAAUUGCGGAGGAUAUGUUGGCUGGGUUCCGGGAGAUCGUACCCGAGAUGCCAGAGCCUUUGUUCGCACGGGCGCACAGAUGGGGAGGGGGGUUUCCCGCAGUCGCGAUUGCCAACCCGGGGGAGGCAUGCUUGUGGGAUGAGAGCAAACGGGUUGCGGCAUGUGGGGACUACUGUUUAGGGCCUCGGGUUGAAAGUGCCAUUCUGAGUGGUCUGGCAGCAGCGAACAAGAUUUUUGCGACGCGUGAGCUGCUGACGUUAAGUAAAGCACACCUGUAGCCUACGGAGCAGAGUCCUGGGGUCCUAGCGUUUGCGGACCGCAACAUCCAGUGCUUGGAGCGUCCGUUGUGAUUAGGCCGACUUUGAAGCGUGGUUGAGUUGGCCGCAAGUCAUGUGUUCCGGCUUGACAUUCUUAGAGUUCGAUCUGACGGAGCUGGUUUCGCACUUACUUGCAUCCAUCUUGCCGCCCGGAGACCGGCUGGAGCUCGUUGC